UGGGUGUGGGUGUAUAGAAAUUAAAGUUUUAUUGAAAAAACACAGAAACAAAAUGCUUCCCCCACCCCCCAAGUGACACAUCUUUAGUUGGUUCUCGACCGGUGCUUGACUUGAGUUAUGACGGGUUCCGAGAUGGAGUUCUUGCUCUUGUUUUUUGACUGUUCUCUUGACUUGUCCUUGUGACAAGACUUCGAGACUGGUUCUUCACUUGGGACGUGACUGUUGUUGAAUUUUUUUUAUUUUAUUUUUUGAGAUGGAUUCCUUGCUUAUGUUUUUUUUUUUUCUCAUCAUCUAAGCCGAUCACAAAUUCUCACGGAUGAGGUGUUUUGAAUGCUUUACGUCAACCAAUUUGCUGCCCCGUUUUGCAUUCACGACUCCUUAUUCGCGUUUCCUUCAGACUUGAGGAAGUGCGCGUCGUCAUCUCGGUGCGGAGCAGCGGCGGUGUUAUUUUUUUGUUUCCACGGCAACCGCGGCGGCUCCCUCCGACGCCCUCGCGAGCGGCGUCCUCGUUUGCUUUGACUCGCUCGGCCACGCCGCGAACUUGUCGUGCGCGUCGACUUCUCCGGGCGAGCAGCGGGAGAACGAGAGCGUCUUCGAUCGCGAGCGAGCGAGGGGGGUUGAGCAAGUUCCUUGGAGCGACAAAGCGUCUGCCCUGCUCGCGCCGAAGGUGAAGGAAGGAAGCCGAGAUGGACGGAACCCAGCAGGUCAGCCUGCAGGUGGCUGCUUCCUUCAAAGCGUUCCUCAUGAAGAGCAGCAGCAAAAGCAAUCUCAACCUGUACGACCACCUUUCUCGGCUGCUGAUGCGCGUGAUCGAGGAGCGUCCUCACGAUGUGGUGGACGUGAUGGAGGACCUGAGUCACGACGUGAAGCUGCGUCUGUACGAGGACACGCAGAGCAGCCUGCAGGACCUCCAGCAGACCACCGCCGCCGAGGAGCUGGCCGAGCAGCAGAAGGUUCUCUUCGUCAGGCCCGAGGACGCCCCCGAGCACGAAUUCGAGCUGGAAUCGGCCCUGCCCAACGUGAGCGAGAUCGCGUACUUCCUGGAGCAGGCCGGCGUGGGCUUGGGCCGCGAGGAGAUGCAGCGCGUCUUCCUGGCCCUCAAGCAGCUGGUGUCGUCCUACACCAUGCAGCGCUGCCGCCUGUGGGGCAAGAUCUUGGGCAUCGAGAGGAGCUACAUCAUCGCCGAGGCCGAGUUUGCCGAGGGCGAGGAGGAGGACGAGGAGGGGCCCGAGGAGGUGGCCGACGAGGAGGCCCGCGAGGUCGACGCCAAGGAGAAAGCCGAGCGCGAGAUGGAUCCCCUCCCCCAGUCUACGUACAAAGCCCCCCCCGUGGUGCCCAAGGAGGCCAAAGGAACCGGAGCCAACAAAUUUGUGUACUUUGUGUGCAACGAGGCGGGCCUGCCCUGGACCAAGCUGCCGUCGGUCACGCCGGCCCAGAUCACGGUGGCCCGGCAGAUCCGCAAGUUCUUUACGGGCCGGCUGGACGCCCCCAUCGUCAGCUACCCGCCCUUCCCGGGCAACGAGGCCAACUACCUGCGGGCGCAGAUUGCCCGCAUCUCGGCCGGCACGCAGAUCAGCCCCCAGGGCUUUUACCAGGCCAUCGAGGAGGAAGGCGCAGAGGAGGAGGGCUCCUCUGAGGACGGCAUUGAGGAGAACCCCGAAUAUGAGGGCGUCCCCGUUGGGGAGCUGGUGGACUCCUUGUCCUCCUGGGUGCAUCACACACAGCACAUCCUGCAGCAGGGCCGCUGCACCUGGGUGAACUUGGCCGUGAAGACGGAAGACGAGUCCAACGAGGAGGAGGCCGAGGAGAUCGAGGAGGACCCCGACGAGCCCGAGCCCGAGGUGGGACCCCCGCUGCUCACGCCGCUCUCCCAGGACGCAGAAAUCUUUGAGACGGUGCCAUGGAGCUCCAGCCUGUCGUCCACGCUCACCUCGCAGCACGCCAUUGCCAUCAUGCGCUCCAACUGCUGGCCUGGGGCGUGCGCCUACGCUUACGCAAAGAAGUUUGAGAACAUCUACGUGGGCUGGGGGCUGAAGUACCCGGGCGACGGCUACAGCCCGCUCCUGCCGCCCCCGCCCCAGAGCGAGUACCCCAGCGCCCCCGAGAUCACCGAGGACGUGGACCCCACCGUGGAGGAGGAGCAGGCCCUGCAAGACGCCCUGGACGAGAAGCAGGCGGCCGAGGAGGCCGAGGAGGGAGACUCAGACGAGGAGCAGGAUGAGGAUGACGACUGAGGCCGUCGCGCCAAACCAACGCCGUCGCAACUGUCAACCUCUGCUGGAUGCAAACUUUGGAAUAAGUGCUCAAAAGACUCGAUUUUAUGGCAACAAAGAUGAAUUCAAUGAUGAUUUCACUGCGAGUCAGUGCAAAUGUUUCCAUGUUAUCGUGGAAGUCUGAAAUGUCGGCAACGAAUAAAGUCUACCCAAUAUAGUGGCAGUUCUUAAAAUAAUAGAUACAAUGUAAAAUGUGUAAAAUGUCACAUUUAAUCUUAAGGCUUAGGAAGAGUACACCAGCAAACAAUAAUAAACACCCAUGUAACAUACUCCAAAUAA